CCUCUAACUCACAGACAUCCACCUGCCUCUGCCUCCCGAGGGCUGGGGUUAAAGGUGUGCGCCGCCAGGCCCUGCCCUGAAACCUCUCCGACCCCCUGUUGCCCCAAGUGUGUUCUUGCAGCUUCAAGAUCUGAUUCGUCUUUGAGCUGUCCCUGCUCUCUGGCCCUCCUGAAUCGGCCAUGAUUCUGCUGACAGGGUUGGUGUCCUCAGGGGACCUGAGUCCUUGGUGCCACUGACCAGCAGGUGGGACUUGUGCGGCACAGGCCCCUCCCCACAUCCUUUCUCCUGCCGGACAUGGCAUCGACCUCCUCCGAGCAGGGACAUUGAUUGACCCGCUGGGCAGGUGCUGGGUGGACGUCAGAACUGGCCGGGUUUCUGCAGGAGUGAUCUGUUUUUGUCUGUGUGGGUCUUUUUGCUAAUGGCAGGGAAAGAGCUGAGUCUCAGCAGAAAUGGGGGUGCAGGGGAUGAUGGGGGCAGUGAGCCAGGCAUGGUAGCACAUGCCUGCCAUCCCAAAACUCAGCAAGUGGAGGCAUGAGGAUUCGGAGGUUAGGGUCGGGGUCAUCCUUCCCUACAGAAAGAGUUCAAGCCCAACCUGGGCUACUUGAGACUCUGUCUCAAAACAAUGCAUGGAAAUCAGCUAUAACCCCAGCACUGGGGAAGUGGAGGCGGGAAGGAUCGGGGCUCCCUGGCCAGACAGCCUAGGUGAAUCAGUGAGUUCCAGGGAGAGACCCUGUCUGAAAACACAUGGGAGAGAGCACUUGUAGACGCCCAAAGUCCACCUCCAGCCUCCACAUCAUGCGCGCACACAAGCCACCUGAACCCAAUGUUGCCAAAGUAGAAAGCAAUUUAGGCAUCCGGCUUCAGGUCAUGCUGGAUCCAGGAACUCCAGUUCCUCAGACGCUGCCUCUGCCUCCCUGCUCCCCACAGUUCUUGGGCUGACAAUGCGUAGGAGGCACCAGGCACCUGAGCCCGGUGCCAGCCACCAGGAAAAGCCAAAAGAAAACAAAAGGCUUCCUCCAUAAGUGAGCACCCAAGAGGGAAGACAGGAGCCCAGAGCCACCCCACCCCACCCCUGCACAGGAUGACCUGGACAGUGUGGGUCCUGAUUCUGCACCCUUAUCCCCGUGCCAUGGGGCAGAGUCUGGAUGGCGGCGAUGGGACCUCAGCGUCCUCGGGAGGCAGGAGAGAGCAUCCUGGGAACCAGGUGCCAGGCCUCGGUCCUCAAGGACCCCAGGGGAGUUCUGAGGGGCCCACAGGGCGCCCCAAGGUUCAGCCUCUCUUCCUGAUUUUUGAGGCAGUCUCACUCUGGAGCCUAGGCUGGCCUCGAACUCAAUCUGUAACCAGUGAUGACUUUGAACUCCUGAUCCUCCGGCCUCCACCCUCCACAGUUCUGGGGUGUCAGGUGUGUGCAGCCUCUCCUGGUUGCUGUCUUGGGGAUGACCGCCACCCCCAGGCUUCGCACGCCCUUAGGUGUGACGGUGCCAGAUAAGCCCCAACCCCAGAACCCUGUCUUGCGCUGAUACCGAGUUUUACGUAGCCCAGGUUGGCUCAGACAUCCUAUGUAGCUGAGGAUGACCUUAAACGCCCGACCCUCCUGUAUGGCCACGCCCACUUGUACCGGCUUGAUAAAUGUUAAAGUGCAUAAGCCGAGCUGUAAGCCGUUGGGUUUCGUAAGCCCAGGGCUCUGGACAUACGGGUAGCCAAGAGCCCCACUAAGCCCUGUCCCCUGUCCGCAUCCCGUCCUGGCUCGGGGUUCUAGGAACUCCCAAGGGUGGGGACCCAGCUGGGUGGGGGUGUGGAGCUGAGCUGUCCCCAGCGGCCAAGUUGACGGAGCUCCGGCGUCCUGCGGCGCCCUCUGCCGGCCAGAGGCCGGGCUGCACGGGGCUCCGCACAGCGCCUGCCCGAACGCACCCUGCAGAGCUCAGCACCUACUGUAUACGCUCCUUCAGGACCAGUGCCCGCUCUAGGGCCUCCGUGCGGGGCUCGGUUUUUGCGGCGCUUUUCGGCGCGCCUGCUGUACCGAAGGGACUCUGGGGAAAGAACUACGUCCAGUGGACACACUCUUCAGAGCAUAGUGCCUACUGUAGGCAGGGGCUGCCCAGCAGAGUGCCUGCUGUAUACUAUUCCUGCAAAGGGGAAUGCCUGUUGUACAUGUGCGCCAUGCCAGGCACAGGGCCUGCUGUAUGCACAUUCCGCAAGACAUAGUGCUUCCUGUAAACAGGUAUAUAAAGGACAUGGCGCCUGAUGUAUGCUCCCCUUCGGUGCCCGCUAGAUGCACUCCUUGGAGAGUAUAGUUCCUGUUGCAUAUUUCCCCUGUAAAUCAGAGUGUCUGCUGCGCGGGCUCCCCUCCCCCACGCUGUCCUCAUCUUUGCUUCACCGAGGCCCCUUCUUCCCACACCAGGACUCCAGGACCGUCCCUUAUUCUUGUGCUGACCCCGGCUAGGCCACCCCUCUCUCUGGCCCCUGUUCGGUGAGACCCCUUCUGACGCUCCAUGCCAGGCUUUGACUCUUUUCUUCAACCGGAUGAUGGGCGUUCGAAGUUGGGACUGAUGGCCCGGGUGGCCUCCUGCCCUGGCUGGGGCUGGCGGCUUGGCUCACAGCUAUGCGCACACAGUGACUUGAAGAUAACACUGACUGGUUAUACUCUGAGACGUUCCCAAUGGCUGUCCCUUGCUGGGCCCUGUCCAGCAGACUGCCCUGAAGCAGGUGUAUACAGCAGGCACUGUGCCCUGCAUGGAGUAAAUACUGCAGGCCCUGCUCGCUGAGGGGGAAAGCUCUCCCCACCAGGGUCAGCCAGGUGCGCUUCCUAGAGGAGGCAAGUGCAGCGCCCGGCUGUCAGGGGACGCCACGGAGGAGGUGGGGUUGUUGGGAGCCUUGGAGGAUCCAAAAGAAGCUGGCUGGGUACCAGGGUUGGGGAAACUGAGGCGGAGGACUUGGGGCCAGAACCAGGCGAGGGAAGCGGCACUGGCGGCGGGCCUGGAGGGCGGGGCUGGGUGGAGGAUCGGUGACGGCAGCGCCCGGGAAUGUGCGGCAGGGAGGGUCCCUCCGCCCCCAGCGGGCGUGCGGGGCCUCGGGAAGGGGUGCUAGGGACCCGGCUGGGGAGUCUGGUUCUAGAGGGGAGAUGGGUCCCCGGCGGGCGUGCAGGACUAACUGGGGGAGAUGGGGACCGGGUUGGGGCCCCCUGGGAUGGAUAGGAGCCUGGGUUGAGCGGGUGAUGGGGACGGGGCUGGAGAGUCUGGCUGCGGGGUGCUGAGGACCAGGACGGGGUACUCGGGGUACGCACUAUCCCACUCAAAGCCCCAGCUCCGCGCACAUUCCCCGGCCCUGAGUGCGGCGCCCGGAAUAGCAGCCCGGUCACCCCCGCGCACCGCCCCGCAGCUGGACUUCCCAAGGUCACUGGCACCCAGGAUACCACGACCAACGUUGGGCCACGACGACGCUGCCAGGCGCGGUCGGUCAGUCCCCUGCCGCAGCUCCAUGCCCAGCUCUUGCGCCCUCUCCCACCGCACGAGGGCGCCCUGGGCCUGCGCCCUCGGUGACCCCAGCCUGGGCGCGCCUGGGAGGCCCGGGUGGGAGGGACCGACCGAGCUUCCCAGUCCCGCACCUCGGGGCCCCGCCGCUUCCGCCAGUCCCUGGGGCGUCCCAGGGAAGCCUGGACGCCUUGCCUUGGGCUCUGAGCAGCCGAUGGGGGAAACUGAGGCCUCUGCUCAGCCGGACCCUGCCCCUGUUCUCUGCAGACCCUCGGGGCGCCGCAGCCCACACCCCUGGCAGAUGAAACCAUGACGCACAUGCUGGAAGGAGGCCAGGGUCUAAGAGACUCAUGGACACUGCACAGACCGGGAAACUGAGGCCCGAGGAAACGGAAUGGUUGGCUCCUGGCCACCCAAGAAGGGACAAGAGGGCACAGAGAGGUUUAGCUGCCCUCGGGGAUCACACAGCCAGCCAGGGCUGAGAUGGCCAUCCACCCUGGUCCUGCUGAUCACCGCCUCCUGGGACUUGUGUGCUCCCCCGGACCCCGCCUCUUCCGGAACCUUCUGCUCUUGCUGUGGACCCUCCUGAGCUGUGAUUUGGGGGUUACUGCUCAGGGUCCGGGGGAGUGGACGCCCUGGGGGUCUUGGAGCCGGUGUUCCAGCUCGUGCGGCCGGGGCGUCUCUGUGCGCAGCCGUCGCUGUGUCCGACUUCCCGGAGAGGAACCUUGCUGGGGGGACAGCCAUGAAUACCGCGUGUGCCAGCUGCCAGACUGCCCCCCAGGGGCAAUACCCUUCCGAGACCUGCAGUGUGCUCUCUACAAUGGCCACCCUGUCCUGGGCACCCAGAAGACCUACCAAUGGGUGCCCUUCCACGGGGCACCCAACCUGUGUGACCUCAACUGCCUGGCCGAGGGCCACGCCUUCUACCAUAGCUUCGGCCGCGUGCUGGACGGCACCCCGUGCACCCCGGGGUCCCAGGGCCUCUGCGUCGCUGGCCGCUGUCUGAGCGCCGGCUGUGACGGGUUGCUGGGCUCCGGCGCCCUCGAGGACCGCUGCGGCCUCUGCGGUGGCGCCAACGACUCGUGCCUGUUCGUGCAGCGCGUGUUCCGCGACGCGGGUGCCUUCGCCGGCUACUGGAACGUGACUCUGAUCCCCGAAGGUGCCAGGCACAUCCGCGUGGCCCAGCGCAGCCACAACAACCUGGCGCUGGUGACCCGCGACGGGCGCUACGUACUCAACGGCGCCAACGGGGUGCUCAGCCUGCCUGGCACCUAUGAGGCUGCGGGCACCCGCGUGGUCUACACCCGCGGGGCGGGCCCCGAGGAGACUCUGCAGGCGACCGGGCCCACCUCCCAGGAGCUGUUGUUGCAGGUGCUGCUGCGGGAGCCCAAUCCGGGCGUGCACUUCGAGUUCUGGCUGCCCCGGGAGCGCUACGGUCCCUUCCAGGCGCAGGCGCAGGCCCUGGGCUGGCCCCUGCGACAGCCUCAGCCUCGGGAGGUGGAGCCGCAGCCUGCGGACACCCCUGUGGUCCCCGAGGCCGUCCCUGCCCGGGUUGCAUCCCUGACCCCAGACCCCUGCGGGCCAUGCCCUGACAGCAGGGGGCGCGCACACCGGCUUCUGCAUUACUGUGGCAGCGACUUUGCCGACCCACCUGACCCUCGGUGUCACCUUCGUGCAGUGUUCCAGGCCCGCGUGCUGGGCCGCCACCGGCAGGCCGAGGAGACCCGCUAUGAGGGCACUGGAGCCACCGUGAGACCAGCACAGGAGGUGUGAGAUUUGGGGACACACAGGAGAGUCGAUGUGCCUCCUGAGCUGUCCUCUAUCCAGGCUAUCAGUUCAUUUCAGUGUCUGUACAUCAUGGGCGUCUGUCCUCCAGUCACUCAACAAGCCGUCCCCAGUGGGGUGUCCCUCUCUGGGCCCUGUCUCUGUCAUAUGGUCUAAGCUGUCCUCAGUGACCAUCCAGGACUGGGAUCCAGAGACCAGCAGACUGUCGACCUUGCCUCGAUCCUCCAUAAGAGCCCCUCUGGCUCUGACCACAGUCGCCUCGCCCUUCCAAAGACCUCAGUUUCCCCAUCUGUUAGCUCUGUCUAUGAACAUUUAUUGAGCACUGACUGUAUGCGGGAGACCCAGCAAGUCCUGGGGAGGCACAGUGCUGUUAUGGGAUAAGCAGGGGUCGUUUGUUUAAUGGAUCUUUUAUGGCACUGGGGUGUAGAGGGCACCAAGAAUCCCCCCCAAAUCCCACACCACGUGCAGCUGGGGUCUACAGGGAUCUGCAGGGUCCUAGCGCCCCCUCGUGGCUCGACCAUCGAUUCCCAGGGUGGGAGAUGGUCCUCAGGGGAGAGCUCCAGGGGGCCUUGGCGACCUCACUCACCUAUAAUGGCUGCCCAACGUGACACAGGGUCAUCUCCGGCCAGCGCCCGGCGCCCAUGACAGGAGUAACCCAGGAGUAGCAGAAAGGCUCAGGUGGCUGGUUGUCCUGGGGCAGCCGGGAGCAUGAGGCCGGAUGUUCCCCUGGGCACCACGGCAUUGCCCAGCCUGCCGGCUCCAGUGACAGACCGGUGACUGUCCCCCAGAAUGCCGUCCAUCUCAAAUGUGGCUCUUUGUGGUGACCAAUAAAGGGGGGAUGUUUUCAUUGAAAACAUUGGGAGUCAUUAGUAACUGGAAAUAACCGCAGGAAGACACCUUGCUGGCCCAGACCUGUGGUCCCAGUGGGGACUGGAGGCAGGAUGAGCAUCAGGGCCACCUGGGAAACUUAAGGAAGACCCUGUCUCAAAAUACAGAGGAGACGGAGGGGC